GUGGAGUAUUUUCUUGAUGAUGUGGCUUGACAUGGAAUUUUUUUUGUGAAAAUUUCCCACCCAAAAAAAAAAAAAGAAAAAAGAAGAAAUCAUGGGUUCCAUGGGUUCCUCGGGAGGAACCCAUGGAACCCAUGAGGAACCCAGAUCAGGUUCCUCCGGAGGAACCCAGUUCCUCAUGGGUUCCUCAUGGGUUCCUCCCGAGGAACCCGAGGAGGAACCCAGAUCAGGUUCCUCCGGAGGAACCCAUGAGGAACCCAGUUCCUCACGAAGAGGAACCCGAUCUGGGUUCCUCCAGUUCCUCACGACGAGGAACCCGAUCUGGGUUCCUCCUCGGGUUCCUCGGGAGGAACUGGGUUCCUCCGGAGGAACCUGAUCUGGGUUCCUCAUGGGUUCCAUGGGUUUCUCUCGAGGAACCCGAGCUGGGUUCCUUCGGAGGAACCCAUGGAACCCAUGAUUUUUUCUUUUUUUGUUUUUUUGGGUGGGAAAUUUUCACAAAAAAAUAUUCCAUGUCAA